CGGAAGGUGGGGUUGCGCCGCCGGUUCCGGCCCGGGGCCUCGCAGUGACCGUCGCCGCCCGGUGCCCCCCGUCCUCCCGCCCCCCUCCCCGCCUCGGGCCUGGGGUCUCCCGCGCUGGGAGGAGCAAAUGUUCCUGACGUUUUAAUUUUGUAAAGUUUAUCACCAGACAUCCAUCAUGUCUUGGCUCGCUGAUCUUGCUGGAAAGGCAGAGGAUCUACUCAAUAGAGUUGAUCAAGGAGCUGCAUCAGCUCUGAGCAAAAAAGACACAUCAAGCAGUGCAGCUUACGAUAAUAAGAAUGUGGACUCUGCCAAUGAAUAUUCUGAACUGCACCAGCAUACUGGAGAACUGAAGUACCAGACGUCAUCCAAAGCAGCCUACAUCUCCUCAGCAGCUGAUAAUAUUAAACAUCAGAAAGCCACAAUCCUAGCAGGAACAGCCAAUGUUAAACCAGCACGUAGGACAUCUUCAGAGGUUGUUUCUCCAGUAGAAAGUGUUUCCACACCCAGAGCUUCUUCAAACUUUGUCAGAAGAAAAAAGUCUGAACCUGAUGAUGAAUUGCUAUUUGAUUUUCUCAACAGUUCGGAAAAAGAACCUAAUGGAAGGAUGGACUCUAAAAAAGAGAAGAGCAAGGCACCUGGUGUUCAAAAUCACUCUCGGACUUCAAGUGUUAGUUCUGCAUCUAUCAGUACGCAGAGUGCAAAAACUACUGAAGAUAACUCCAUCAGGAGCCAAGGCAAUGAAACUCCAGACAGUUCAGAUUCUGGACUGGGAGCUCAAGGUGAUGGCAUGAAGGAUUCAUCAGUAAGUGCAGUAACUAAUCCCAGCCCUUCAGCUAAUGAUGAUUCCAAAUCACAUGAGCUUUCCAAUCUUCGCCUGGAGAAUCAGCUGCUGCGGAAUGAAGUUCAAUCUUUAAAUCAGGAAAUGGCUGCAGUAAUUCAGAGGUCCAAAGAAACACAAGAAGAAUUGAACAAAUCCCGGGAAAGGGUUGAGAAGUGGAACGUUGACCAUUCAAAGAGUGACAGGAUGGUUAGAGAACUUCGAGCUCGAGUUGAUGAUCUGACAGAAGCUGUUGGUGCCAAGGAUUCCCAGCUGGCUGUGCUGAAAGUACGGUUGCAAGAAGCUGAUCAGCUCCUAAGUGCUCGCACAGAAGCUUUGGAAGCAUUGCAGAGUGAAAAAUCACGGAUAAUACAGGACCACAGCGAAGGGAGCAGUUUGCAAAAUCAAGCCCUUCAAACCCUCCAAGAGAGGCUGCGUGAUGCAGACUCCGCACUCAAGCGAGAGCAAGAAAGUUACAAACAAAUGCAGAAUGAGUUUGCAGCUCGUCUAAGUAAAAUGGAAGCAGAGCGUCAGAACUUGGCCGAAGGGAUAACUGUAGCCGAAAGAAAGUAUUUAGAUGAGAAGAGGCGAGCUGAUGAACUUCAGCAGCAAGUCAAAGUAACUAAAAACCACCUAGAAUCUACAAAACAGGAACUGGCAGACUAUAAACAGAAGGCUACUCGCAUACUCCAAUCUAAAGAGAAGUUGAUAAACAGCUUAAAAGAAGGCUCUGGUAUUGAAGGCCUGGAUAGUACUACUGCAAGCACAAUGGAACUAGAAGAGCUGAGACAUGAGCGAGACACUCAGAGGGAAGAAAUCCAAAAGCUAAUGGGACAAAUACAACAGAUGAGAACAGAGUUGCAGGAUAUGGAGACUCAGCAGGUGAGUGAAGCUGAGUCAGUGCGAGAGCAGCUUCAAGACCUACAAGAGCAGAUAGCAUCACAGAAAAUGGCCAAGCAAGACGCAGAAGCUGAACUAGAACGGCAGAAACAGGAACUCCGUUAUACUGAAGAAGAAUUGUAUCGAACAAAGAACACUUUGCAAAGCAGAAUAAAAGACAGAGAGGAAGAAAUUCAGAAGCUCAGAAAUCAGCUCACAAACAAGGCUCUAAGUAGUAGUAGUCAGACAGAAUUAGAAAAUCGGCUUCAUCAACUGACAGAAACACUAAUUCAGAAGCAAACCAUGUUAGAGAGUCUCAGCACAGAGAAAAACUCGCUUGUCUAUCAACUGGAACGACUUGAGCAGCAGCUGAAGGCUGUCCAAGGCACUAGUAGUAAUGGACCUUCUAUUAAUAUGGCAGGAAUUGAUGGUGCUGAAGUAGGUGCUCGUAUGCGUAAUGUCCCUGUCCUGUUCAGUGACAUGGAUACCAACACAGCAGGAAUGUACGGGAGAGUUCGCAAAGCUGCCAGUACUAUAGAUCAGUUUAGCAUUCGGCUGGGAAUCUUCCUGAGGCGGUAUCCCAUAGCAAGGGUCUUCGUCAUCAUUUACAUGGCAUUGCUUCAUCUCUGGGUCAUGAUUGUUCUCCUUACCUACACCCCAGAAAUGCAUCACGACAGUCCCAGUGGCAGAUAGACUGAGACAGGACCCUGUGCUGAUGUCGUUUGGACUGACAGUGUCUGUUGAAUAAUCUGUUCUGGAAUAUCAGCAAACUGCUCACUGUGUUUAGGAAGAAUGAUAAGCAUCAUGCCUGAUUUAUCACUACUUUUCAAAUACAUGUUUAAUACUAUGUAGCUUUUUCAAUUUACCUAAAAUACCAUCACUUUCCUGGAGAGAAACAGAGUUAAGCUAUGGUUAGCCUUUACAUUUUUUUGUAGACCUUCUGGUGGUUAGACUAAAAGAUAAGGCUUGCACCUGUAGAGAAUUGCAAGGAUGUAUGAAAUUACAGGUAUAUGUGGUGCAAAUUAUUUUAGGUGAUACAGGAUGUGGGUUAUGGUCAGGUGAUAAACUGUACUUAGCAAUUUAAAUAAACUUGAUUCUUUCUGGUUUA